ACCUAGCCUAGACGACGUCGGGAGACUCGGGGACCAGACGUGGUGAUUUUUUACGGUCGCCUUUAUGUCGAAGACGCGUGAUACUCCGUGAAGGGUAGCGGCGUCGGAACAGCUGUCCACACCGUCGAUCGUCCUCGGUCACCUGCUGCCAUUCACGUAGUUCCCGCGAGGUCUUCCGAGCGCGCGGCUAGGGGUGAGAUCGGGUCGCGAUGACGGACGCGUCGAAUUUACCGGGCGCCUCCACGGGGCAGAGGGCGAUGUCGAGGAUGCUGCGGCAGCGGGCCCAGGAGUUCCUCGCCUCGCGGAAGCACGCGAACAACCUGGUGGAGAUAAUCGGUUACUGGGACGAAUCCACCUGUUCGUGCCUGCUGACGAUAGAGACGAUGUUCGUGGAGGUGCUGAGACGCGGCGAUAUGUACACGGAACGUACGAUAGCCCUUACAAUUUCGGAACCUAACCCAGAAUCUCGCUAUACCACCUGGCUGAGAAAUUGCUACGAAGACGUCUGGAAGAAGAUACUAGCAUCUAUGGAGAAGAAUCGGUCGACUAUUCAACUGCAAGCCCUUACCACUGCGAUGAAGCUGAUGGCGGAAGAGGGUAAAGCGCCAAUGGAGCCGCACGAUAAUCCAGGAUAUCACUUUCCUCUACAUCGUUUAAAGCUUAUCCUCAUGACUCUACUCUCUCCCGAAAAGGAUAAUACUAAUUUAAUAUCGAGAUUCCAAGAGAUCACCGGAUACCCUGACGUUUUAUAUUAUACGUGGAGAUGCCUGCCCUCUCUUACACCGAAAAAGCCACCGAAUGAAGUUUAUACUAAGAAUCUUUUGGAACUUAUAGAUAAAAUACCACUGCCAAGAGAAGAAAAAGCAUCUGAAAUGUCGGACAAUAGAGAACUUUUGUGUGGACCGCAACAAGAUGCUGCAUUUACAUGGGAUCAAUCAAACGUUAAACGCGCCCUAAACAAGGUCUGGGCUUGCAUUAUGCACUGGGACGUGCAGUCCAGACUAACGCCGCAGUUACACAAACAGCUGCUGAUAGUUUUGUUGGAACGAGUCAUGCCGCAUUUAGAAAAACCAGUACUGUUAACCAAUUUUUUGAUGGACUCCCUGGACGCGGACGGUCCUAUCGGUGUACUCGCGCUGCAAGGCGUAUUCAUACUCGUCACCAAACACAAUUUAGAAUAUCCAAACAUUUUCACCAAACUGUAUUCGAUGUUCGAGCCUGAGAUCUUUCACACGAAAUACAAGGCUCGUCUAUUCUACCUGUCCGAUCUGUUUCUCAGCUCGACACAUCUACCGGAAGCAUUAGUAGCGGCGUUCGCGAAGCGACUUGCGCGUCUAACAUUGGUCGUGCCACCGGAGGACAUCCUAAUAAUCCUGCUUUUCGUGGGCAACCUGUUGCUUCGACAUCCAGGGCUGAAGAGGCUGAUAGAUCACCCGCAAGGCGGCGAGGUCCCCUCGAACGCGAGUACUGGAGCGGGCGAUCCAUUUCUCAUGGAAGAGCGCGAUCCAUUGCUGAGCAACGCAUUGUUAAGCAGCCUCUGGGAAAUCCGGGCAUUGCAGUGGCAUAUUCUACCGAGUAUUGCAACCGCUGCGCGUUUUAUUCACGAGCCGCUGCCUUCGAUUGAAUAUGACAUGGCAUCGGCAUUAGAACGUACUGGUGGCCAUCUUUUCGAGAGCGAACUGAAGAACAAAGUCAAAGACAUCAUGCUGACGUUUGAGAGACCAAACUCUAUGGCGCUGCCAAAGGGAGAGAAAUUGUUGCAAUAUUGGCAGCUCACGCAUUGAUCCUGUAUGCGGCGUGAUCACGACGCCGAGAGUGCAAUACAUCGUGAAAAAAGGGCCGUCAUUGUCGAUGUCAUCGACGAGAUUAUGAGCCGAGGAUGACACUCGUGUUUCAGGUGAAGAAUAAAGACUUUUUGUGUUUUAUAUGGCAUAUCUAUACGACGAGGAAAACGAUACAGCGUAAUUUUUCUGUGGCGUUGAGCAUAUACGUUUAAAAUAUUUAAAUAAAUUUGUGUAUAAUCUUAUCGAUCGCGAUACGGAACAAGAAAAAACUGCAUAUUUGCUUUUUACUGUUUAUAUCAGUUACUGUUUAUGUCAGUAUGUAAAUUGAUAGCUUAUGUAUCUUACGCAUAAAUUAUGUGCAAGUGCGUAACGCUGACUCUUAUUUAACUCUUUCGCUGCUCUUUAUCAUUUCGUUAUGAAUUAUCAUUGUGCGGUAAGUUUCUUUGAACUUUGCUUAAAUAGAAUAAGAAUUCAUGGCAGUUUAACAUAUCAUUUUCUAUAUCUUGCACAUGUGUAAAAAAGAAAACACAAAUAUAAGUCUGUGAUUGCAGUUGAUUAAUUUUUCUUUCUCGACUUAAAAACAUUUUAUUUCAGUAUCAAUAGACAAUUUACAAAAAAAAAAUGUAAUUAUUUGUGUUUAUUUUUAUAGUUAACAAAAGAUAACUGUAAUCUGUAUGUACAUAAACGAAAAAUCUCGUAUCAUUUUUCAUUGUGUAAUACGUGCAACUCAGCUUAUUUUAUUUUUGGGAUCAAAAAUUUGAGUUAUAAAAAUAACAUUUAUAUAUAUCUGUAAAUAUAUUCUAUAUAUUGUAGAUCUAUAUAUACUUGCAAAUAUACAAGGUGUUUUAAAAGGUUACUGCCAAACUUAAGGAGCGUAGAGAGGUCAAAAUAAAACAAAUUUUUAUUAAGGUUUUGUUAAGAAUUACGUGAGAUAUAUGGGAUAUUUGAGAGAGUGCAGAGUUCUGUCUGACGAUACAAUGCUUGCAUUGAACGUGGAACGUCGCCAAUUCGAACAUCUUUUGUAAAUUCAGUUUGCAAGCUAAUGUAAUCCUUAACAAACCUUAAUAAAAACCUUAAAACACAAAAUAAAGCUAGUGGAAGAGUAGCAAAUUACGAUUAUUUUGGUAUAUUGGUAUAUUAUCCAAGUUCCAUACAUUUAAAGGCCUGAUUCGGGAUUGCUUCGGAGAACAUAGGUUCCUAAUCGAAGGUUGUUCUAUCUUGACCUUUCUAUACGCUCCUUAAGUUUGGCUUCUUAAGUAACCUUUUGAAAUGCCUUGUAUAUAAAUGUUAUAAUUUCUUUCGACAAUUAUUUAUAAAUAAUAAAAAACUCGCGUGUUUACAUUAAAAUAUUGAGUUGAACCUGAAAUAAGCUAACAUGUUAACUGAGAUCAUUGAGUCGAAGCUGAAAUAAACUAACGUGCUAACUCAUUUAUUUGCCAUAUAUAAAAAUAGAAUUUAUAUAGUUAUAUAUCAAUUUCAAUUCUUCGAAAACGAACUUCUGGUCGGUGCAGCGAAAGAGUUGAAGUUACUAAUCCUUCCUGAUAUUAUAAAGAAAUGGAUAACUGAUAAACGUCUAAUCCUAAAGAUAAUUUGCAUAAUUUGCAAAAUCCGUAACUCUGCCGGUUAUCGAAUACAACGUUCUCGAAUAGUGACUUUUUUGUAUGCGCGAACAUAUGAGGUAAUAAACUGAGAUAUUUUAAUUUAACAGAUAAUUCUAAUUUACUUUUACGAUAUAAAACUGUUGAUAUACAAAGCUUCGUAUUCCCAACACAUAGGUAAGCACGAUUCAAUUGUAAUUUUGAAUGUAAUCUAUUCGGUAACCUAUAUUUCUCAUAUAACGUAUAUUUUCGUCAUUAGCCUUCUUUGAUAUGUCAUAAUUCUGUAUAUUUGCGCUUCAUUCAUAUUGUCUCUUAUAUGUAUAUACAAACGCUUUUAUGUACAUCAGUAAAUCGAUAAGUUAUUAUUAUUACAGUAUCCAUUAUGUAUGAUGUCGCUUUGUGUCCAAUACCUGAAAAAACCAUAAUAAAACGGGUUGUUAAUUUUGAUUUAA